AUGUCCAAGUACUCGUACCAACAGACCGACGACGUGGCCUCGGACGACCUUCCUCAGGGCGCUCCUGACGGCCAGGUUUCCGAUAAUAGCUACGCCAGGCCCGGUGGUCGUAACGAACCGAUUCCGGUAGUCAAGGACGAGGCUUCGAUCGAAGACCCCAUCAAUGAAAGCAACGCUGACUCGGAUCAGCAACUUGAGAGAGAUGAGGGAGGCUAUCGACAGGUCCAACAUCAUGAAAGACAGGACCAGAGGGGCCCAGCCUCUCGGCGGUGA